CCGGCAUGCUGAUGCAGUUCAUAUACAGCGUGCAAAGAAUGUGGGUAUCUGGUCUUCCGAUUGCACGACCGCAGACCUCUCUCUAUAUAUUCACGAUCUUGCAACAAUAUAACAAUCCCUCACCAUGAUUCCAACAAGAAAGCCAUCGAUUGAAUCAGUCACGAUCAAAAAAUCGCCUCCAAAGCAACACUACGAAUCACAAGUCGAUUAUUACUUCGGUAUCGUCGAGAGAGCAUUGCAAACAAGUCGUCCAAGCGUGCACCUCUACUUCUUGCACAACAACAAGCACAACACCACACAAGCAGACGAUCAAACCAAAAGCCGACGCUCUCCAAGUCUAUCAGAAUAAACCCAGAAUGUCAGCAAUUCGCGGCUUCGUCGUCCUCGGAGGGAUCGCAGCAGUGCCUCUUAGUCUAGUCUAUGGUCAAGCUGCACGUCAGCUCAGCACACGAGCAUCCAAUGCAUACACGAGAAGGACGGGUGUCUUCGCCUCCCUGCCGGCCAAUACACCCGUGGACCCUGAGCAAGCUGAGAAGGACAGAUUGAGAGCUGCGCGAAGGGCUGAGAUCCAGGAAGGCAUUCGCUCGGAACUUGAGUGGCUUCAUCAGAAUGAUUUGACGUGCACUUUAUGACUCCGGGAUGCUUGUGGCGGUAAUUGAAGGCUUCGAGAGAAAAGAGAGCAGGCGUAAGUGGUCUGUGGAGUUUGGGUUCGGUGCACAGAACAAGCAUGGAGUCUCGGACUGGUUCAUCCUGGGUAUCUUAUGGCCCAGAAUCUUGUUAUGUCUGUUCAAUUGUUUAGACGAAAUAAUGAAUUAACGACUUACUUC